AUGGUGCACUUUUCUAGUUUAUUGAUAGUGGAUAGUUGUUGCUUAGUUAGUGGUAGUAGUGAUCAACUUAGUGGAUUAGUGGUUAGUUUAUUUGUAAGCCUAUAUAAAGGCUUGCCCACAUUGGCUAGACCUUCACUGACCGUUGAUUAUUUCAUGACUCGCUUUACGUUUGAGGAUGAAGAAUUUAUAGAAGAAGAGGAAGAGGAGGAAGAGGAAUUUGCGAAUGACAUAUCCGAGUCGGUUCUUGAUGAUGAAGAAUUUAUAGAAGAAGGGGAAGAGGAGGAAGAGGAAUCUGCGAAUGACAUAUCCGAGUCGAUUCUUGAUGAUGAAGAAAUUAUAGAAGAAGAAGAGGAGGAAGAAGAAGAGUUUGAAGUUGAAAUAUCUGAGAAUUUGGAAACAAGAACAAGAAUGGAGUUUGCUCAUUGUAUGGAUAUUGAUCAGCAACAGCCGCCUCAUAUUCCAAGUGGAACAAUCGACGAAGUGCUUCCUACACGAGCUAGGGCGCCUCGAAUGCGUGUCAGUAAUAACUACGUUCGUCACACAAUUCAACUCCCAGAAUUGAUUCUUGAUAGUGAUACCUAUGGCUAUGGUGAUGAAGUUGAUGAAGAAGAUGAAGAAAUAUAAGAAGAGGAGGAGGAAGAGGAAUAUAAUGAGUUGGUGGAUCAACAAGAUAUGUCUGAAUAUUUGGAAACAAGAACAUAUUAUUAUGAUCCUGUUAUGGAUAUAGAUGUUAAUGGAGGUGAUCCAAUUGUUGAUGAUGAGGAACAAGAAACAUGUGCCAUUUGUUUACUUGAAUAUAAAGAUGAAAACACCAUUAGCACACUUCAAUGUGGCCAUGAAUUUCACUCUGGAUGCAUCAAGAAGUGGCUGCAGAGGAAAAAAUCAUGUCCCUUUUGUAGAGCUUCAGUUUUGCCCCUACAUUAGUCUUAAUCUUAAGAAUUCAAUUAGUGUAAUGGUUAGUAUUAUUAUUUUUAUCAUGGUCGUUGUAAUCACAAUUCUUAUGUGAAUUAUAGUUUCUUGUAACUUUGAGAGGAUAUCCAGAAUCAUUGCAGAUUAUCAUGUCAGAAUUUUCUACACAUCCAGUUCCUUAUCAUGUUUCUGAGAUUGAUAGCAUUUUAACUUGUGCCGAAUAAUUUUUUUUUACACUUACGUUUAUGUAGUUUGCUCCUGAAACAGAAAAG